AUGCGGACCCCAGCCAAGGAGGCUCUGCAAGCGCCGCCGCCCGCCAGCCUGAGGACCGCAAAUUUCGCGCGGGUGAGGAGAGGGCGGCUUCUCGGGUGGCUCCGCCUGUGCCCGUACCCCCAGUCUCGCGGGGGCUCAGCGCCUUGCCGGCUCCGCGCACAAGUAGUGCCACGUGGCCUUGACCCCUGUGGCUCCCCUGCAGCUCCCGGGCACGCACGAACGAGUCGACUCGCACGCUGGAAGCCAGUGAGUCGUCGGAGAGAUUUGCUACCAAGAGCCCCGCACGCCACGGCAUCCCCGCCCGACUGGCCCCCGACGCCCUGCGCCCUACGGCCCUCGCCCUUCCCUCGCCCUGUGCUGCACGCUCUCCCCGGCCUGGCCCGCGCGCUACGUUUCCCGGCCUACUGGGCCCUGGACCGGCUGCUGGGCUGCUGGGCGCCGGCCGCACGCCCAAGCGACCAGAUCCGGCCGAGCGCCGCAGCGGCUCUGCCGUCGCUGCUUCUUGUCGGCCUGCCUCUGGCAUUGCCCGACCUGCUGCUAUGGCUGCUGCUGCAAGCCCGGCGCCGUCCCUUCUGCUACCAGCCCCCUCCGCAGUGCUGGGCGCCCCCCACGCCCUGGCGCCCCCCAGCUGAGCCCGCGCGCAGCUUCAGCUUCUUCAGCGCCACCGUGUGCCUGCUCCCCGCGGGCUGGCGCGCUUCAGCAAUUUGCCGGACAGCCAGCGGCGGGCCGAGACCGUGGGCGCCGUGCUGCUCGCCGGCCUGCGGCAUUCGCCCUACGGGGCUACCGGCUGCAGUUCGCCAGUGCAGGGGAUGCCGUGCGCGGUGCUGA